GCCGGACUGCAUCACCUGGAAGCCAGGGCAAAAAAAUAAAUAAAUAAAUAAAAAGAAAGAAAGAAAGUAAGAAAGGCGCAGAGAAACCGGGAAGGCUGUACGGAUCUACCAGGUUUAGUCGAUUAAACCUGGGAUCGAGGGAAGGCAGGAGAGGCAGAUCAGAGCUUUCGCCUCGGGCGGCGUUUAUCAUGAGUUGCCCGGACGUGAUGCGCCCGCUUUACGGUCAUUACGCACCACACGCACCUGGAGCCGCCGCGUUUCUGAGCAAUUUCCCGACUCCCACUCGUGUCAGCAGUCCAGCGUCUCGGCACAGGAACCUAAUGGACGCCUCUGGAUCAGAGGAGGUCCCAGUUAUAGGAGGGAACCUAGUGACAGGGAGUCUGUCCUCGUCUGCGUACUCAUCGGCUGGACAGAAGGAGAAACAGGUUGGGGAAGCUGAGUACCUGAGCUCUCGAUGCGUCCUUUUUACCUACUACCAAGGGGACAUCAGCAGUGUGGUGGACGAGCACUUCUCCAGAGCUCUCAGCACCUGUACUGCCAUGGAGAGCAAGAGGAGAGCCAACCAGCCGAGCACAGAACCAACAUCUCCAAACAGUCGGAGAAACUUCCCUCCAUCCUUCUGGGACAGUAAUUACCUGUCACCUCCCAGUAGACCUCAUUGUGACCCAACAGGGACACCGGCGUACUCCGUGGACCCCUACGCUCAAGCUUUACAUGCCGGUUUACCUCAUCCCCAUCCUCACGCGCACCCCUCUGAUUCUUGGGGAUACACCCAAAGUCAGGUGUAUGGACCCCCGCGGUCCCUCCACGAACUCUACUCGGCGCCGGGGUUGGAGGCGCAUUAUAACCCCCUGCUCAUGCCUGCUGUCCGGCCACCCCAUUUGCCCCCCAGCCUGCCAGGCCAUUAUGAUGUAGCAAAACUGGAACCUACACCCACGUGGCCUGGACUGAUACCACCAGGAGACAUGGCACUUGCUCUGAAUAUGGACCCAGGGCUGCAGUCACAUAAGAAAGGGAAGGAGCUCUACUGGUUUUAACGACCAUCGCGAUCAUCAACUCGUCCAAUUAAAGCUCUGGAGAGCUGAAGAGCGACCCCCAUUGUCACCGAGCUCCUCUCUAUCUCACCCCCUCGGCCUUGCCAGGUUCAUCUGUGCACCAUGGAGAUAAAAAGAGGAUGGAGAGACAACAGAAGGAAAACGAGAGGGAUCCAAAGCUUUGUGCAUCUGUCUUUCCCCUCUAAUCCAGCCAUUCUCUGUAUAUUCGUUUUGCAGAAUCUCUUCUGUGUGUGUUUUUUCUUUCUUUUUUUAAUGCGUGUGUGUGUGUGUGUGUGUGUGGUCUAAUAAAAAG